AUGGUUCAGAAAACAGUGUUGAUCACUGGCUGCAGCGAGGGUGGAAUUGGUGAUGCUCUUGCUAAAGCUUUCCACAAGAAGGGACUUAGAGUUUUUGCAAGUGCUCGGAAUCUCACUAAAGUGCAACAUCUUAAGACAAUGGGUCUCGAUAUCAUACAGCUUGAUGUUACUGACGAGGAAUCAAUCAAACAAGCCGUCGAGACUGUCAAGGGCGCAACAGGCGGAACGUUGGACUUCCUAGUUAACAACUCCGGUGGAGGAUAUAGUAUGCCUUUACUGGACUCGGAGGUAUCAGUAGCAAAGAAGAUGUUUGACGUGAACGUUUUUGCUGUUGUCGCAGUAACUCAAGCGUUCGCACCUCUUCUCAUUGCGUCAAAAGGGACAAUUAUCAACAUCGGAUCCGUAGCUGGUCAUAUUCCUCUUCCGUGGCAAGGAUAUUAUAAUGCAAGUAAAGCUGCAAUUGGUAUUCUCACUGACCAAUUGCGUAUUGAAUUCUCUCCCUGGGGAGUGCGAGCAAUUCUUGUCAUCACCGGUACAAUUAAGACGAGGUUUUUCGACAAUCUACCAGAGCCACCAACUCUACCACAUAAUUCCCUCUAUUAUCCAGCUAAGGAUAUAGUUGAGCCAACCCUAGCCGGAACCGACCUGAAGAAGAGUGCUGAAGAUGUUGAUUCAUAUGCUGAAACAGUUGUGAACAAUGCAGUGAAAUCUAGACCAAAGCAACAUCUGUGGAUUGGAGGAAAGGCCUUCAGUGUUUGGUUUGCUUCGACUUUCGGUUGGUCAACCAUCUGGGACGCUUUGGUCCCUGGUUUAGUGAAUCUACCGGCUAUAACCAAAAAAAUUCGUACUGCAGAUAAAACGAAAUAA